UGCGUGGCGGGGCCGGUGGGGUUGCCGGGAGCCCGCGGCGGGACAAUUGAGCGGCGCUGAGGUGGCGGGACCGGCGGGGAAUGCGGUGACUGGAGAGCAGUACAGCUAAAGAUGAGGCGAUCUGCAGCUCCGAGUCAAGUCCUAGGAAAUGUAGCCAAAAAGCCAAAGUUUACACCACCAGGAAAAUGUAUUGCAGUUUAUCCCAAGAAUGCAACUAAGGAGAUGGACCAAGAAAUGACAUUAAAAGAGAGAGAUGAGAAAGAGGGAAGUGCUUCAUUGCUUUCUAAAAUAUGUGUCCAGAAUCAAAAUGAAAAUUUUACACAGUCUGUGGAGUCAACUGGAAAAGUAAAGACAAAAGCAAGUUUCAGCAUUGAUGGGUUCAAUUUGCCAACAUCAGGGACUGCAAAGGAAGAAGCAGCUCAGGAAGCACCCGACUGCCUUGCGAAAUAUUUCAGUGUUGUGUGGUGUAAGGCAUCAAAGAAAAAGCACAAAAAGUGGGAAGGAGAUGCUAUUCUUAUUACAAAAGGAAAGUCAGUAAUACUGAAAGAUAUGGAAGGCAAAGACAUUGGAAGAGGUACUGGAUAUAAAGCUAAAGAGCUAGACAGUCUUGAAGAAGGUCAAACACUGAUGGUUGGAGGAAAAGAAGUUGAAGUGAUGAGUGUAAUUUCAGCAGAUGACUUCAACAGUGGCAGGUGUUUUCAGGCUGGAAUAGGGACUCAUGACACAGUCCCAACUGCAUUAUCUCAAACUAAUAUGAAACCAUUCUGUAAACCAUUCAAAAAUGUCUGUCAACCCAGUAGUAAAGACAAUAUGCUCAAAGAUUCUCAAAGCUGCAAACCUCGCCACGAUCCAAACGCUUCAAAUUCUCUAGUUAUGCCACGACCAAAUGCAAGUCAUCAGUGGACGUUCAAUAAGGCUGGUUUACCAGUGGUGGAUGUAGUUGUAGAUCCUUACAUUGCAAAUAAUCUCCGACCACAUCAGAAAGAAGGAGUUAUAUUUCUGUAUGAAUGUAUAAUGGGAAUGAGAGUUAGUGGCAGAUUUGGAGCUAUUCUUGCUGAUGAAAUGGGCUUAGGAAAAACACUGCAAUGCGUUGCACUUGUCUGGACUCUUCUGCGUCAAGGGGCCUAUGGAUGCAAACCUGUACUAAAGCGGGCACUAAUUGUCACCCCUGGGAGUCUGGUAAAAAACUGGAAAAAAGAAUUUCAGAAAUGGUUGGGAAGUGAAAGGAUCAAAGUCUUUACAGUUGAUCAGGACCACAAAGCAGAAGAAUUCACUGGUUCUCCACUUUAUUCAGUUAUGAUAAUCAGUUAUGAGAUGGUAUUGCGAUCUUUGGAUCAAAUUCAGGCUGUAGAAUUUAACCUCCUAAUCUGUGAUGAAGGACAUCGUCUGAAAAAUAGCACUAUUAAGACAACUACAGCCCUCACCAGUCUGUCUUGUGAGAGGAGAAUUAUCCUUACUGGUACUCCAAUCCAAAAUGACUUGCAAGAAUUUUAUGCUUUAAUAGAGUUUGUUAAUCCAGGAAUACUCGGUUCUUUAUCCACAUAUAGGAAGAUAUAUGAGGAACCAAUUGUCAGAUCUAGAGAACCUUCAGCAACAAAGGAGGAAAAGGAAUUAGGAGAAAAAAGAGCAGCAGAACUGACACGCCUCACUGGACUCUUUAUUCUAAGGCGAACACAGGAGGUUAUUAACAAAUUUCUGCCCCCCAAAAAGGAGAGCAUAAUCUUCUGCCGACCAACAGCACUGCAGCUUGAAUUGUAUCGAAAACUGCUUAGUUCUCGAGUUAUUACAUCCUGUUUACAAGGCAGGCUAGAAAACAGUCCUCACCUAAUAUGUAUAGGAGCACUGAAAAAACUUUGCAAUCAUCCAUGUCUUCUGCUUAAAGCUAUAAAGGAAAAAAGCUGUGAUCCUACGUCUGAGGAACACGAUGAGUCCAGCCUCUACGAAGGUGUAAUAGAUGUCUUCCCACAAGAUUAUACUCCACACACUUUCUCUGAAACUGAUUCAGGAAAAUUGCAGGUGCUGGUGAAGUUGUUAGCUGCAAUCCGUGAGCUCAACUCCUCUGAAAGAGUCGUACUGGUAUCCAAUUACACUCAGACAUUAAACGUAUUACAAGAGACGUGCAAACGCUAUGGAUACUCUUAUACCAGACUUGAUGGAAAUACUCCUGUCUCCCAGAGACAACAAAUUGUUGAUACUUUUAAUAGUAAAUUCAGUCCAGCUUUUAUCUUUUUGCUGAGUUCAAAGGCUGGUGGAGUAGGACUGAAUCUGGUUGGAGCAUCUCAUUUGAUCCUAUAUGAUAUCGACUGGAAUCCAGCUACGGAUAUUCAGGCUAUGGCUAGAGUGUGGAGAGAUGGCCAGAAACAUACUGUACAUAUCUACAGGCUGCUAACCACAGGCUCAAUAGAAGAAAAGAUUUAUCAAAGACAGAUUAGCAAACAAGACCUUUCCGGGGCAGUUGUAGACCUUUCCAAGACGUCUGAACACAUCCAUUUUUCCACUGAGGAGCUUAAAAAUCUCUUUACUCUUCAUGAAGAUUCCAGCUGUGUAACCCAUGAUUUGCUUGAGUGUGACUGUGACUGUAUGGGAAAGAUUGACCAUCAGAAUACUUCCUCAGAAAAGCCUUCUGUAUCUAGAAGUUGCCAGCUUGGACAAAACCAUGGGAAGACUAAUUCAAAGAAACCACUCUCCAUGUCACAGUUGAUGCAGUGGAAACAUUUCGCUGGGCAACGUCAGACUCUUGCUGAUCCUUUCCUUGAAAGGAUAAAGGAGAAUGUUUCUUUCAUUUUCCAGAAUGUAACCAAUUCAACUUCCCCACCUAAUAAAACUUAAGUGCCUUUCCCUGCCACUUGCAUCGUUCUGGUCAUGGGCCAAGUAAACAACUGAUGUGCAGUUACCUUUUGUUCUUUUUACCUAGUUUUGUGUGUUUCUGAUGAAGUUUCUGAGUAAAUGUGAUUCCUAGUGUUUAUACAAAGUUACAGUUACAUAAUUGCUGUAAUUAUAAUACAGAUUUUUAAAGCUAACUUUGCUUUCCAGUCUUUUGUUCCUUUGAUUAAAAAAUUAGUAAGACUGUUUUUAUGCACAUUCCUACUGUAAGUCUACUUUGGUUUAUAGUUUCCAUUUGAUCAUGAUGAUUUACUGCUUGUAAAGCUGGCAACUCUUCAGCCAAAUUUUACAAGAUUAGGCAAUGCUAUAUACAGGUAUAUGCUGUUAACAAGAUUCUGUUUGGAUUUCUGUUAUGGCAGUGAAAAAUUAUGUAUCUCUAUAAGUGCGGCUUUAUAACAAGGUAGAUAUUUUUUCACUCAAAUUUACAACUUAAUGAAAUUCAGAGCAAUAGUCACUAAAGUCCAAAAAUCUGAGGCCACAGAUUGAUACUGUGUCAAAAUAUUCUGAAAUUCUACUAUUGCUUUUACUUGGGAAAAUAAACUUU